GCCUCAUGUGCUUAUCAUGGGCCUGCCUUACUUGAACCUAGGCAAAAGCAUGACAAUUGUAAACCAAGUCUUCCCUCCCUCUUCAAGUCUAUGCUAGUUUGUAGCGAAACAACCUGUAUACCUAGUAUGGAGGACAUCGAAACAGAGAUCAUAAACACGACAGAGCGAAUCGGUGAUUUAGUCGAUUGGCUCGUCUUCCGCCAUGAUAGGCUUCAAUACUCGCCAACCAUGUACAUAGAUCUCGAAGGCGUUAACCUCUGCCGUGAGGGCUCCAUUUCCAUCCUCACCCUUCUAAUCGAUACCGGCAUUCCGACCGGGCGCGUCUACCUGAUCGAUGUGCAUACACUAGGCGCACAAGCGUUCAACACUGCUGGUGCCAAACGGACGCUAAAGGGGACGACGCUAAAGGAUAUCCUCCAAGAUGAAAGGAUUCCAAAGGUCUUCUUUGACGUUCGCAACGAUUCAGAUGCGCUAUUUGCGCAUUUCGGCGUGGCGUUGCAGGGGGUCGAGGACGUCCAGCUUAUGGAGAGUGCGACAAGGAAGACCACGGCAUCUCGGAAGUUCUUAAACGGCCUGACCAAAUGUGUUGAGAACAACUUGCCCAUGCCCACUUUUGGCAGCGGACUAGUCAGUUGGAAGCUAGCUAAGGAGAAAGGCGAGCGAUUGCUCAAGGCCGAAUAUGGCGGCUCGUAUGACGUGUUCAACCAGCGACCGAUUCCAGAGGAUAUAUCAUCUUACUGUGUCGGUGAUGUCCAGUACCUCCCUGAGUUACGGGAUAGGCUUUACAAGUCGAGGGCCUAUCGGUGGCAAGACCUAGUCGGUGAAGAAACCAAAAAGCGCGUUGUGACGUCUCAGAGAUCGGACUACCAGCCCCACGGCCCCGAUAAGGUGAUGGCUCCAUGGAGCAAAGGACAGAACAUGGUUUUGGAUCAGUGGAAUAAUGUGCCUCCUCGAAAUUACUUCGCCGAGUACUUCGCCAAGUCCGGCGACUCAGAUGAUUGGGAUGGCGGUCCGACCAACUGUAGGGACAUCAUCGACGAUUACGACCUUUACUAUUCAGACUAAGCCUCGUAAGAUAAUAUAUCUGCAUUAGAUUCGUUACGUAGAUACUCUUCAACGGUGUGUUAGCCUGUGUGUUUAUGCUCGGUCUACGAAGAAGCUUGGUCUAAUGAGUUGUGCUCGCUAGGUACUGCCUACGUAGAACCGACCCUAAAGACAUGCGUGGUAGUGUAUGCUACAAUCAUAAACGAA